AUAGGCAGGCGACACCGCGUGCACGACCUCCGCCUCCCCAAUCCGUCCCGUCUCCUCGCCCUCCGCCCUCGACUCCCGUCUCCUCGCCUGCCGCUGGCGCCGAUCUCCAUCCUGCUAGCAGAGGUGGCGCCGGCGUCCUUCUGCUCCCGCCGCAUUCGCUCACCGGUGAGCAUCCUAAUCCAUCCCAUCCGGCCUCGGCCUCGAAUUUCGUCUCCUCGCCCGCCGCUUGCGCCGAUCCCCAUCCUGCGAGCAGAGGUGGCGCCCGGCGUCCUCCUCCUUCCACCGCAUCGUCGCUCGCCGAAUAAGAUAAUACAUAAAGAAUGGCCGCGCACAACACAUCUAUGACAUGUGAGGGUGACUAUGAGACUGAACAGAAAAAGCAAGCCGCUGCAGAUGUCCUUUUCCACUAUUCACAGUUUAUUAUGGUUUGCAUUGGUGAGGGUGUUCGCCCAACUGAUCUGAGGUUGCAUCUUAUGAAGGAAGUUUCAGGAAUGGCCACUUCUCUAACGAAAGAGCCACAGCAAGCAGCUGCCUCUCCGGAUUCUAGUGAACCAUCUUCUUCAGGGACAACGAAAUGAGACACGAAUGAGAUCUUCUAAGCUUCUUCAAGAAGUAUGAUAGGAAAUAUUGCAAACUAGUAGGUUCACAGCUUGUGGUCUGAGAACUGUUUCUGGUGCAGUGAUAGGAAGUAUUGAUGAUGAUAUACUUGUGUUGGUGAUGCUUCUUAUGAGCACUUGAUUUGAAUAAAUUAAAUGUAAAUACUUUAGUAUGUUUGGCCCACAAUUUGUAAUGAAGGAACAUGGAUCGUGAUGUUUCUGAUAAAAUUCUUGAAGUGCCUAGCCCGCGUUCAUGUUUAGUUUUUUUUUUAUCGCAAUUGUGGUGCUAUGCUGUAAUGUAAUGAAUAAUGUGCAUAAAUGUGGAUGAUGAAUCAGAGCCGCUCC